AUGACGGUGUCCUACACACGCUCCCCCAGUUUUUCUGCUCAUAACUCUGCCACCCCUCCAGAGCUUUCGCCCGUCGCUUCUGGCGCUUCCUUGAUCCCAUCCUCUCCUGCCAUUGCCUCCCCUUCGCCGCGCACCGCCUUGCGUGCUUCUGGUGCGGCUGCCUCGGCCACAGCCUUUGCCGACAGCUUGCCCAUCCUUCCCUCCACCUCGGUAUCAGCUUGCGUUCCGAUCGACUCCGUGGCCAACGACCCCACCAGCAUUCUUGUUCCCAACGAUCGCAUGGAAGCUGGCCUCAGCCUCCGAAGAAGUCCUCUCCUUCCCACAUCAGAGUUUGCUACCGAGCCUCGCUCCUCUUGCUGCAGUUCCGACCGCAACACGUCCAGCCACCAUCUCGAAUCCGUCAACGAUCGCUACGAGCCCGCCUUCACGGGUGACAUUGAUCUACACGACCGCUUUGUCUAUCGACGCCCUUUCGUCGACCGCGCCCUUCCUCACCUCAAACGCCGCAACCAGCUCAUCCUUGAGCAAAAGUACCACCAGCAUCGUUCUACGCUCUCUUCCUUCGCAUCAGCGCAAGAGCCGGAAACGUUUCAAAUUACCACCGCUUUGUCUCCUCGUCUCCAAAGAUCAAGGCGUCCUGGAACCGCGCCUCAACGCAUCUCGGUCUCACCACAUACCUCGGACUACGCUGUAAAUCCGCUGUCUUUUGCCACACGCAGCUCCACCCUUGCCUCCUCAGGCGGAUUGCGCGAGCUCACCACUGGCGCAGCUGCUCAGCCCGCUUCCAGGCGUGCCUCUUGGAUCCGCGACACGCGUCACUUUGAAGCACUCAGCGACUCUCACCAUCCUCAAAGUGCUGGUUUGCUCGAAGCCGCGCCCAUCAUCCCUACAGCAGCUAUCAAAGCUUCGCGCCGCCACAGCAGCUUCCUCGCCGGUGAAUAUCGUUCCAUUUCCUCCAUCCCCAUCCUUGCUAGCAAAAGCUUUGACAUCCCUCUGCAGCAAAACACCACCUCAACCGAACAAUUUUCCGAUCUUUCCUCCUCUUCCAUCCUCGCUGCGUCCUCCGCAUUUAUCGGUACCGCAUCAUCCAAGCGCACCUCGAUGCUUUCCAACCACUCUUCCACCACGUCCUCCUCCAAGGACGCAAGGACUUCGCUCGACAAUGUCGAAUUUGAAGACGACGAUGUAAAGCACCAAGCGCACAGCUCGGCUUCGUCAGGUUGCGGACAUGAUGAUACCCCUGUCUCCAAACUUGCAAUCACCCAACCUCGCAACACUACCGACGUCUUCACUACGCCGCGUUCCAGCUCCGAGCUCGACAAAUCUGACGCACCCCCUUUGAAUACUUGCGCAGAGCUCCAAGAUACAACGACGUCGCACCAGGCAGACGAGCCAUCGCGCGCUUCAGUCGAUGUAGAUGCCCGUACUGAUCAUAUCGAGAAGGGUACAAGUGCAUCCUGCACUGACUCGGGCAUCGUACCCGCCCCUGCUAUCACUCCUGCCAUCCUCAACCAAGUCGAGACGGCUGUGGUACCGCCUUCGCCUAUCUCUGAAAGCGACGCAUCCUCUUCAACCAGCAAUCCCACCAAUGGCUUCCACUCGCUCCCCAAUUCAGAAGAUUCUCACACGCUCGCCAUUCCCGCCAACGCCAGAACCAACGUCAACGGACAUCGUACCUCGACAAGCAGCCGACGUGAUAGCUCCACCUCGAUUGGCUCGGCAGCCAGCUCCACUUCGACUUACCGCAUCCGCAGGAAGGCCGUACCCUCAGACGUGGAUGAUUCCGAGCGUCGUCAGAGUAAUGCAGACGCAAUCAAUGCCAGUGCAGGUCAAGUGUCUCCACGUUCCAUCUCGGCUGCUCAGAGCAUGACGUCCUUGCCUCCUUCCAGAGACGAGAUCCAGACGACCCAGGCUGCUCACGAUUUGGACGCUUCCGCCUUGAUGCACGCGUCGCAAGAUCCAACUCAGGCUCGCAUGCUCAAAACGCCUGAGACUAGACACAGUGCUACGCAGAGCAAUGCACAGCUACCACCCAGCUCAGACGAUAGUGCUGAUGUUUUCGAGUCGCGCGAUUCCUUGCAGAUAGACAAGAACGCUUCUUCUCGCGAUUUGUCGACUGCUAACAUGCUGGGCGUGAAUUCUUCCCUCAGUACCGCCACCCAGGGAUCAGGGUCUAGCGCGAGCCGUGCACCCUCGCGAGCUACCAUCAAACGACCCAUCACAGCUCCCGUCGGAUCUGGCGGUCAAUUUCGAGUGGCCAGCGAUGCUCCAAAGUCGGUACUCGAGGUCGAAGGAAUGCAGUUUAUCUUGGGAACCAAUGAGCCUACCAAGGCCAAGCGCGCAGCAGACACCUCGCCAUCGAUACCCAACGCGGUACGCUUCAUGCAGCAUCGGCGCAAUGGUAGCAACGGCCCUGUCUCGACCAGCUCUGCUCAACGCGAGUCGUACCUCAGCGACAACCCAGCGUCGAUCAGCCUCGCCAACUCGAAUCGCUCCGACACCGCCAGCCAAACAUCGACGAGCGUUGGCGCAAAUGACGCCGGAGCAACCGCAGCAGGCUCCUCGUCAGGCGGUUGGGGCCUCGAGCAAGAGCUCAGCAUUGUCGACCGAGUCAGGAACGCAAAGCGCGAGGCGGACAAGAAGUCGUCCAAACCACGACCCGUGUCGAUGGACAAGAGCAGCAAGCUGCUUGAUCCGGCCGCCAAGGCGAACGUUAAGAACCCUCUGCUCUUGAACAUUAUAGAUGAGGACGAAUCGGAAGAGCUCAAGGCGGCUGCUCGCGAGGCUGGUUUACCCGAAGGCUCUUAUGCGAUUCACCCUCCGUCCAUGCUGCAGCUCUUUGAAGCGUCCCAAUGCCUUGUCUAUGAUCAGAACGGUGGAGAAGUGCUGUUUGGCGAUCUCAUCAAGAAGCGCCGAACUGUCGUCUGCUUCCUGCGACAUUGGUGGUGCGGCUUCUGUCAGCAGUUUGCCAUGUCGGUGCGCAACGUUGAUCCGCUGCCGCUCCAGCGCGCCGGCUUGGACUUGAUUUUUAUCGGACAGGGUGACUGGCACGUCAUCAAGUCGUAUCGCGAGGUGAUGCAGGUACAGUAUCCCAUGUUUGCCGAUCCCAAACGCAAUUUGUACCGGGCGCUUGGUAUGACGCUACGCACCAACGAUGCCAACCCAGUCUGCGCUCGUCCGGACUAUGCAAGCAUGAGUAUGACCAAGGGCAUUCUGGUCGCCAUCAAGAAGGGUCUCUUUGACAUGCCCAUCCGCAACCCAGGCGACAUGAAGCUACUCGGCGGCGACUUUAUCCUUGGACCAGGUCUGCAGUGUUCCUUUACGCAUCGCAUGACUACCGCAGAUGGACACAUGGACAUUCCGAGAAUUUUGGCGCAAGCAGGCUGUGAUAUGUCGCUCAAGACACCCAAGCCCAUGUUUGCGCUGACGGCUCGAUCAGCCAUGUUGGCAGGAGGCAACCAGAAUCGGCGCCUGACGCGCUCGAUUGGCCGAUCGCGCAGCAAGAAUGGAGCCAAGAGUGAUGUCGCCACAAUGGAUACCAGCUUUGACGGCAGCACAACUGGUUCGGCGACAGCACACUCGAAAACAAGUGGCAACGCCACCUCGCGAUUCGCCCGACCUAGCUUGUGGGGCCGCUUUCCUGGUCGCUUUAACAAGUCGCAGGCGUCGCUACCCAACUCGGAAUCCAAGGCGGACCUUCACAAUGACUUUUCGCCGGUCCGUAGUCUUGCUGCAGGCCCUCGUUCUGCUUCAGCCAUGCGAAAGAUCUCGUACGAUGGACGCGUACGGGAAUCGUUCGAUACGCAGCAGACCGACAUUGAAUUUGAAUCGCGUGCGACCUCUUUCGACACUCGUGGAGGUCGUGCUAGCGACGUGUCGUCCCGAGGUGGACUAAGCUCUGUGUACAAGGCGCAAUCGACAUCGGAGCUGCGCAGGAAUUUUGAGAUGGGAGGAUUGGGCAGCUUGCGGUCCAAGGGCCGUCAGGAGCCUUUAGCGGCCAAAUUGUCACUUGAAAGUCACCUUGCUGUACCCGGUGGCGGUAAGGAACGACUUGGCCACAACCGAUCCAACACGUCGUUAAGGGGAGCUUACGCCAACGGUGCCGCCACGCCGACACAGUCGACUGUCAAGAUGGCCGAGCGUGCAAGCAGGACAGGCGAUAAGGCUGAGCAGAACAAGUUCAAGUCGUUGGCCAUCUUCCGCAACAAUGUGAUUGCACGAUCCGAGGAUGCUACGGCUGCUUCUGCUCCUGUCGCUGUCCCGGCAGCAACAACAGGUCUCGGAAUCGAUGCUACCGGUGACGAGGAUCGCCAAGCUGAUAUUCAAGCAUCCAUAGAGGAUAACGCGCCACCGCCGCCGGUGGAAAAAGAUGGGCUGACUCACACGAAUCUGUCAGGCCCCGGAAGUUUCCUCAUGGAGCUGGAUGUGUUUGAUGCGCUCUCGCGUCCAUAUGUGCAGAAGGAGCAUGACAAGUCAAAGGACGAGAAUGGCAAGCUCAACGUAAGCAUCUUUGAAGGCGGCCUAUCGCCAAGUCAAGAUAGCGACACUGGCUUUGUCCAGGAGGCGGCGGAUGCAGAGAGCGACACAGAGCCUUCGCUGUCGUCCAACCAGUCGCCGACUCGCUCGCAGCGAACUGCGUCCGGCAGCAGCAGCAGCAUCAGCACCAACAGCCCCGCUAACGGCGGUCAGGCACCAAACACCAGCUCAAGCUUGUACAGCUUCACCACGUUCCGUGCCAAGCCACUGGAACAUCUUGUUGAAGAGGCGGAUGAGGAUGGCGAUAGUUUGCGAGAUGAACUGGAAAACGAAGGAGCUGAGGAGGAGGAAGAAGAAGAAGAAGAGGAAGAGGAGAACGAUGAGCCGAUCGAGUUUGAGGAUGGCCGUUCUGAAGGAUUUUAA